GGCAUUGUAUCUCUGACUCUCUGUAAAUUUGAAUCGUUAGGUGAAGCAACAAAAUAAAUUCACUAUUACCAGAUACGUGGAGGCGAAGCUAUUGUAUAUACGUUGUUUUAUUUUACUUUGUUGUGCUGUCAAAACAUGGAACAUUUUCUCACAUGCAUGGCGUCAUUGACGUGUAGACAUUGGACUUGACCUAAAUGUUUUUUCCGAUUUGCUUAUAUCAUCACCCUAUCUCGACAAGAUUUUAAAUUUUUGUUCCUAUCUUAACACACAUAUAUUAAAAUGUAAUGUAGCUUGUACACUUUCAGGUAAAACAAAGGAUUAACCAUUGAAUAAGACAUGCAGGAGAUGAUUGGGCUUUAUUUCCACGUAACUCAGAGUUAUAUCACCAUGGCACGACAAAUCGCGAAUCGUGGCAGGAUUCGCAAGAAAGAUUUAGUGGUUGUCAAGGGUAGAAUAGGAACUUCAUGAGCUCAAUAAUUCAGAUUUUAUGAUCACAAUUCACAGUAUAUAUAAAGAGUUCCGACCAUGCACUUCGAACAUCAAACACAAUACACUCUGCACCCUCAAACUCCAAUGCCCAACUCAACCCGAACUCUCACUCAAAAUGACGGAAAUGCCCUCGUACACUGUUGAAAACCCUAACUUCGAGCCUUCGAAGACCAAGAAACAAUACAACAUAUACUCUUCGUUGCUCCCUGUCUUCUUAUCGAUCUCAGCAUACAUUUUGAUCUUCUACGUCCUUGAAAUGUCUCCUUCUUCGAUCUUCAACGACCCAAAGAUCUUGUUCUUCAUCUCAAACGCUCUUAUCCUUAUCAUAGCCGCAGACUACGGUGUCUUCGCUGAGAAAGAGAACCGCGACUUUUACGGAGAAUACACGGCCGCGAUGAGAAUAGACGCGAGAGAAAACGCUAGACCUGAAAACUCAGGCUAUGAGGUGGGUUUGGCGGAAGUAACCAUGAAACGUGAGAAGCAAGAAGAAGCACUCAGGGAGAAAGAUACAACACGGUAUCUGUUUCAUAAGGAAGAGGAAGUUCCUGAGAAAACCGUACAAGUCCUAAGCGACGCGCCGAAGACUGAGCAAAACAUUCAUAUGACCAUUAGUAAAGGAGAAACUUGUGGUGCAAGAAACCUAGUGAGUCCUAAACCGUACGGGAGAAGCAAAUCGGAUAAAGCACGUUCAGAACGUACUAGUCAUCGAGAGAUCAAACAUAGACGUAAACGUUAUGAUCGAAGCAAGUCCGACGAUAGCUCGAAAUGGAUGGUUGAUCACAAGUGUAAGAAGGCUCAUGAGGAGACGGAGGAGAAGUGGGAGAAUGUAAGAGAGGAAUCGGAAGAAUUUGCGAAAAUGUCGAACGAGGAGUUGAACAGACGAGUUGAAGAUUUCAUCCAACGGUUUAACAGAGAUAUCAAACGACAAAACUAUGUCUAGUUUAGUUUAAUGUAAUUUAAUUUGUCGUAGCAAAUUUAGUCAACAUUUCUUGGUCGUAGCAUCUUGUUUAUUGUUUUCGUUUUCCUUUUCAUGCGUUUGUCACAAGAGUUGGUAAUUAAUGAGAUCAUGGAGGAGAUAAUCGUUUAUGGUUUUUAAAAAGAGUGAUUGUUGCCGACUAGUUUAACUUAUAUACAUAGAUAUAUAGUGAUUAUAUCAUCAAAUAUCAGUAUAUAUAGGACUAGAAGUGU